AUGUGGAAAUGGAACCUUGCCUUCCAAUGCGUCGUGAACAUUGGUGUACGUGGUACAGAGCCUGUGCGCACAAGAGUGGUAGAGGCUGAUAUGGUGCCUGUGAUCGCUACCAUUCUACACGAUUACAUCCUUGUCAUUGAAAAGGAAAGGCAGAGAUAUGAUAGCGAACGCCAACGACAUCCUGCCAAGGUCAAGACGCAUACGAACGCACCGCGGAGCGCCAGACUACCAAGGGACUUGACCCAGGAGCAGCAAAGCCGUUCGUCCUUCCUGGAGCAUCAGAUGAGCAAUCUUGACAAUGGACAAGCCAGACGUCAAGCUCCUCCACGAUCACUCGAACUUGCACCAAAUUUUGCAGACAGAUUCACUACUGGAGAGCCCAGCCAGACUGCACCCCUACCUCCAUUGCACGCGUCAACCAUCUAUACAUCUCCACCGGAGAGAACAACUUUCCCUCGACCGAUACUCCAACACCAGACGCGCAGUCACGAUGGACGCAAUCCAUUUCAGCAGGAUACGAUAGCAGGCUCUGUAACAAGCACGUCACGUCCGGAUAUUAGAGAGGCGUUUCCCUUACAGCCAGUUCGUGACGCUGAUCGACUGCCCUCGAUGAUGCCGCCAAUCCUGACUGGAAUCACGUCGAAUCCCAACUCGCCGACCACGCCGUCAGCUCCUCUAGUGCAAAGCACUAUAUCGCCCAACGAAAGGCGUUUGAGAAGACCAUCGAUCAGGCAACAGCCAUCAACAGACGACGUGCUUAUGGACGAUGUGAACAAUAUAAUUGAAGAGACCAUAGCCGAGCAAGAAGCGAGAGAUGACAACGAUCGUAACAGGGCCCUCGAAGGCGACAUCACACCUCGAGCGAUUCACGAAGAUAGAGAUCCCCUGAGCUUGACCAUCCCAGGCACGCUACUACCAGAACAAGACAACGUCGAUAUUGCACAACAGACGCCGACUGCGGCUACGGCCCUCGAGUCUCUGCUCACUCAAGCAGAAGAUACCAAUGGUGUAUCUCCUGGUAUGAAUGGCCCACAACCUACAGCAUCGCCCGUGGUCCCAUUCACCCAAUAUACGAAUGUCUGGGUCCGCACAGCGACAUCCAAUUCAGCUAUCGUACCAUUGAUGCCACGUGACGAUGAUGUUCUAUUGGGUUUGCAGCUACUGGCGUACAUCUCCAAGUAUUGUGAUCUUCGACAUUACUUCCAGGCUACGCAUCUUGUGCCUAGGCUUAGGAUUGAUCACGAAGUGGAACGGAUUUACAAUUCUGGUUUGAAUCUCCCUGAGCCAACCGAGGAUGAGCUUGAGGAGUAUUUGCAGCUGGAUGAUGUGAACAUCUUUCCCCUUGUAGAGAAAUUCACCAUUCCACACCAUCCAAAAGACAUGCAAUACUGGGCUUGUGUGGUUAUGCGAAAUCUAUGCAGGAAAGAUGACGCUAGGGGUGGUACUCGUCAAUGUGCCAACUACAAGUGCGGUAAAUGGGAAGAGUAUCCUCGACAAUUUGCCAAGUGCCGUCGAUGUAAGCGGACCAAAUAUUGUAGCAAGGAAUGCCAACGAGAUUCUUGGACCAUGCACAGGCAUUGGUGUCAAACGACACCUUAA